CGUGGAGGGCUCCUUAUAAAAGCAUCGGGUAGUGUUUUUUCCAGUCAUUUUACUUCCUCAUUUUCCUUUCAAUCAUCAUUCUCAGUGACUGAGAAAGUGAGAGGGAGCGCCCUUCGAGCAACGAAAGAAAUCUCAGAACAACCAUACAUUUAGUGCUCAGCAUUAAACAUUCAGCUUGUGCCGUUCAAGUGAAGAAAUGGCAGGUAUCCAAAGACGAUCGUUACAAGACGAGACUAGUGUUAGAGCAGAUAAGCUCGAUGCUGGUGCAGAGAAGCCUCAGCGUUCAUUUCACUCUGAGCAGCAGAGCCGGUCACUUCGAGAGAGUCAUGAGCGGGCCGGGCAGGAUGAAAGAGAGUCUUGUCGAGCAAGAACCGACGGUCCUGGACCUGAUGCAGUUGUAUUUUUGAAAGGCAUCUAUUACACAGAAAACACGAGAUACUACAAGUUAAAUGCUAAAGGAGAAAAGUUCCAUCUUUGCAUGCCAUCAACCUGUAGUGUCUUCAGCCAGCCUCCAAUCUUUCCUCUCAAUGUAUUUGCCUUGACAGGCGAUGAAAUCAAAACUGUUGCUAAACUGUGAACUCCUCAACCUUUCUCUGAUGAUGAGCAAAAUAUUACUUUUGUAUGGUGUCUUAUUUUAUGAGCUGAGUCUCUCUAAUCUCUGCAGCAGAGUGUGUGGUGUCUUCUUUCAUAGUCAAGAAAAGAACUUGGUCAAAGUUUGACUGUUUCGUUUCAUCAUGAUUUCUUGUAGAUUCUAGUCUUUCCUUAGGCAUUGUUGUCCUAUAUACACUUGUUGGAACUAGAUAUAGUAUUUUUAUUAUUAUU